UUCUCAAACAUUUUCCAUAAGUCUGAUAUUGUUGUCUGAUUUCAGAUAUGAAGAAGCCAGCAGGAGAGCAGCAAGUCUAAUACAGGAUGCUGUUCAGUGCCUCAUUCCUUUGGUGACCGAGAAACAAUCAGAGAAGCAGUCUUACCAGUGUAUAGCUGCUACUCAAAGGGAGGAGACAAAGAAUGCAAUCAAUGAAAAUGAUCGUCCCUUUAACAUGUUGAGCCCUCAGCCGUGUACCUCGUCUAUCAGCGCGCCUCGCUUUGCUUCCACUGAGCCUCCUCCUUACCCUGGACCAUCAAGACAAGAUAUGAUUCAGUCCAGGAUGUCUGCCUUAUUUAGGCCAUAUCCUAAACAAACGGGCCCUAAGAAACUCCACUUAAAAAGAAAGUAUGAGACGCCUUGGUCCCAUGACUUCUUCUGCCUCUCUGAUCCGGAGUCUGACAUGUCACCACCUCUUGAGGAGCGAUGCAUUCUCCAGACUAUGGGUUUGGGUAGAAGAAAGGUGACCUUCCCAAAUAAUAAUGGGACACACAAAGAUUUUGUUGAAAAUCUCACCAAUGCAUACCCUCAGCUUAUGGAUGCAGGGGGCUUUAAGUUGAUGCGGUGUGGACGGAACAGAGUGUUGUUCGACAUACCAAUGCCCUCCUCAGGUUACAGUGUGAGGUAUUUGAGGUUGGAGAGUGGCCUGAAUAAGGCCUUGGCCUACAUUGUGCCACUUCAAGGGAAGCUUGCCCAAAUCAACGAACACAAACCAAACAGUUCAAUGGACACUGUGCUGGAGAAGUGCAAGUCUUGCAAAGAGGACAUCCCCCUUUAUAAGCUUGAGAAUCACUUCAACGAAUGUGAGGGGUCAUGCAUUGACCUAACCGAUGAAAAGGAUGUAGAGACUGAAGGUGUGACCGAGAGUGAAGAGGAUGAUGUGGAAGUAUCCGAGGAGACAAGUGAAGAAGAGCUUGAUAAUGUGACAGUUCAAUCUGCACUUGAAGAGUCUAUAUUGACGCUGAACCAAAAUGUUCCUGAGCCAGCUGUUGAGGAUAAGGACACUCCAGGCACAAAUGAGCGAAACAUUGAGAAUAUUCUCAAAGAACUGGAGAAGGCAAUUGAAUAUGGAGAUGAAAGUCCUGCAUCGUAUGUAAGUGUGUGCAGAUCUCGGAUCUGGAUGGGUGCAAGACUGGCUCUUAGCCGGAAGUCAUUUCAACCUCAUUGGCGCAUCGAUGUCAAGUUCAUGGACGAUGUUGGAAAAGCUGAAGGAGCAGUUGAUUCAGGGGGACCAAAGCGGGAGUUCUUCACCCUUGUUUUGGAUUAUUUGCAUGGUAGUGAGCUGUUUGUAGGACCAGAAAACAGCAAAUUCAUAUCUUACUGCAGUUCAGCUAUGGAAAGAGAUGACUACUUCUACGCCGCAAUGACCAUUGCAAUGUCUCUAGUCCAUGGAGGACCUGCUCCCCGGUUCUUCUCCAGAACUCUAUUCCAUGCACUCACAGAGUCACCAGAGAUGACAACGGUGACCAUUGACGAAGUUCCAGAUUUGAAAUUGAGAGAAGAUCUACAGAAGGUUUGUUCUGGUGAAGUUCCUGAGAACCUUGAAGACACCAUUGACUUGGCAGGGUCACGACGCAACUUGGCAACACCUGAAAAUGCACAAAAAAUGGCUCUGGACACUGCACACUGGUACAUCUUUGGCAGAACACGGUCUGCAUUUGAGAGGUUCAAAGAUGGCUUAAAGACCCUGGGUGUUUAUUCUGCCAUGAUGGAAAACAAGGAGUUCUUCUUGAAGAUCAUGUGUCAUCACGACAACCGAAUAACAGCCGAAAACAUCAAAAAUGCAUUCAGACCUGUGCUACACACCCCUGGGUCCAACAAGCGUUCCACUGAGAACUUGAUACUCUGUCUGUGGGAAAACUUCAUCUUGGAAGCAGAGGAUGAAGAUUCAGAUGUCUCGUUGGAGAUGAUCCUGUUUUUCUCCACUGGCUUGAAAUCCUUUCCUCCACUUGACCUAAGGCCCAGUCCAACUCUGUGCUUUCUACAUGAUCCUGAGGAAUGUGGGGAGUUUUCCAAAUACCCAAAAGCUAACACAUGCACAAACCGGCUGUAUCUCCCCAUAGUCCACACAACAUACCAAGAAUUCAAAAGCCACAUGGUUUUUGGGAUUGGUGCAAGUGAAGGGUUUGGACUAUCAUAGUUAUUAAAUGAUUGUUCCUUUGUUCAAGGUUGGCUAAUAGAAUUAUUUUGAAAUGUUUUAUUCAUAUUAGCCUUUGCAUUUUAGGUGCCAAUUUCUCCCACAGAAAACAGUUUUAUUGGUUAGAGUACAGAUUUUACCAAAUGUGCUCCAUUGUUCUCAUUCUGAUUCUAUUGAGUCUAUUGUUUUGAAUAUUUGUUUGUCCACACAAGUCAGCCUCAGUGAAUGGGGCAAUGACUUUGAGGGAUCUUUACCCGCCUCUGAUUCCACUGCUGACAUUGUCGUGCCAGAGCAUCCAGACUCAUUAAUAUAAAAUGUCAACAGAUUGUUGGACAGAAUAGACCCGUUAACAGCCAGCUCAUGUUUUGGAGCAGAUUUGUACAUGGAAGCACUGCGGCUGGCUGAAUUUUUGAUGGCAACAUUAAAAAAAUCUUUAGCUCACUACUGCAGAGUGUUCUGUAUUUCUUCCACUUAAGUGAUUUUUAUUGAGGCAUGAGUACUUGUAGCACUACAUGAAUGUCGUUCCUAUACCUUUUUGAAUGAACAACCAGCCCUUAUUAAACAAACUGCACCAAAAUGCAAAAAUACUGACUACACAUCUACAACACUGUUAAGACAGUCAUUUUUAUCAGUAAAAUAUGUGACUUUCUUGUGAUAUUGGUGAAUUUCUUUAAUCUACAAAAACUUAUUGAAGAAGUGCUACAGUUUUAUUGAGCUUUAAAUUUGAAUACAUUAGCAGGCGGUGACUUAGGAUACUGACUAAUUAAAGUUCUUUUUCCACUUUUAAAAUUCAGGUCAAACUCCAGCUGUUUGUUGUAGUAAAGUUUGACUUACUGUGUGUGGUAUAAAGUAUAAAUUCAGCCAUACUCUAUUUUUCUUUUGACAAGAUCAUCUGAGGAGAAAACUUCACAUCCCAUAACCUUCAGCAGAGACAACAGUAAGUUUAGUGCAACAAAACUAUUGUUCCCCUAAGGGAAAUGAUUAUCAGACACAUUUUACAUAUAUAGUUUUAAUAAAGAUAACAUCACAAUUUUAAUAAUUACUAACCUGUAAUUCAAUACAAAGGAUUUAAAAUUCAGAGAUGAAAAGUACAUAUUAGUUAGCUCUGGCUUUUUCUCUGAUAUGUGCAAAAAACUAUUUAAAAAGAAAACGCCAUCAACAUGUAAUUAAUAGAAUGGAGUUUACGCAGCACCUGAUCAAUGCUAACAGGCUGUCAGCUUUACAAUAUGCUUAAAGUUAAUCUGUAGAACAGUGUGUUCUGUCAAAGAAGCAACUGUGAUUGCUGGUCUCACCGUAUGUCAUACGUUUAAUAAAAGUUAAAACAAAAAAAAAAAACCGCAUCUAAUAAAGUGACUCUCCGAGACAUGCUAAUGGCUAGCCUCUCCGAUGCUAACGCCAGCCUAUCCAUGCUAAUGGUCCGUCGAGGAGGUAGGAAAUCCAGCUAGUGGCCAGCCUAGGCACGCUUAUGGCUAGCCUCUCCGAUGCUAACGCCAGCCUAUCCAUGCUAAUGGUCCGUCGAGGAGGUAGGAAAUCCAGCUAGUGGCCAGCCUAGGCACGCUUAUGGCUAGCCUCUCCGAU